CCAAUCUCACUAGAGCUCACUCUUUGAUAUGUUCGUCCACAUCUCUCUCUCUCUAUUAUACCAGUGUAUUUUUUUGGGUUCUUUUAUGUGUUAAAGUAGAGAGAGUGUGUGUGAUAGAUAUGGAAGAAGAGAACAUGGAGGAGUCUCCACAAGAGUGGCAAUAUUGCAGCCAGAGAGUGAUCUCACCAGAGAUUGUGGAGAUUGGAGAGGAUAGCAAGAGUAUGAUAAGUAGCAGAGAUGGAGGAGGAAUUGAUGAUGUCUAUGUUGCUGUUGGCAAAAAUGACUUGAAUGUGGUUAAAUGGGCUCUUGAGCAUGCUGUCUCUCCAGGAUCUCGCAUCUUCCUUGUUCAUGUUUUCCCUCCCAUCACCUACAUCCCUACGCCCGUUGGAAGGCUAUCAAGAAGUCAAUUGAGCCAAGAACAGGUACAAGUCUAUGUCAAUGAAGAGAGUAACAGGAGAAGAAGUCUCUUGCAGAAAUAUAUUUGCCUGUGUACUGAUGCCAAAGUAGCAGUGGACACGAUGAUUCUGGAGAGCAAUUCGGUUGCUAAAGCAAUUGUUGAUCUAAUUUCAGUCGUUAACAUUACAAAUCUUGUCAUGGGAACAUCUUCCUCAAGGCGAUUAAGGAAAGGACUUGGAAAAGGAGAAUUUGUUCAGAAAAAUGCGCCAGACUUCUGUGAGGUCACCAUUGUUUGUGAUGGGAAGAAGGUAAUCAGUAAUCAACAGCAGCAACUAACAGAGCCCGAUCCUUCUCCUCCCUCUUCCAGUCACCGGAAACCCGAGAUUAACAGACAAUCUGAGAGGAAUUUUUACUGUAUAUGCUUUUCACCUAAGUUUAACUGAAGCUGCAUUAUUCCUUUGUAUUGGCCAAUUACCAGAACAGGUCUAAAAGGUACAAUUAUAUUUUUUGUAGAAUAAAAAACACGGUUCAGAGGCCAAUGCCAUAGAACAAUUUUCACUUGUACUGUGAGGGAAGACAGUGAAAACAUCAUGAUCAAGA